ACGUAGUGCACAUCAUCGUCCAUUUUGGCUUGUUUUCAUUCGAAGAAAAUUGAGAAAUUAAUGAAUAUUGCAUGCUUCAUGAACUCAUUUACGCUCUGAUACAAGAAUAUUUUGCUCAUCAAACAUCAGCACAUUUAGACAGUUAUAUGAAGAAUCAGAAUGGUUAGUCCAGUUAAAAGAAGAAGUUCAUCCAGUACUAGAGCCAAACAGUUGAUAUCUGCCAUAGUUUAUGUUCGUCAACAGAAACAAAUACCUAAUUUAAAGAGAAUUUCUAGUUAUAUGUUAAGAGAACAUGACGUGACAGAAUCAGAGACACAAAAACAACUCAAUCUAGCUGUUAAAGAUGGCUUAAUUAUUUCAUACACAGCUAUUGGUUCCAAGGGAUCUAAAACUGGAAUUGAACAAGAAGGAUUUAAAAUACCACAGUUAGAAGAUACAGAACUGGAUGAUGGUCAUGAUUGGUAUUGUUUUGAAUGUCAUAAAUCAGGAGAGAUAUUAGAAUGUGAAGAGUGUUGGAGAGUAUUUCAUACAGAUUGUGUUGACAGUGAAACAGAUGACUCGUCUUUUGUUUGUUAUAUCUGUAAGAUUUUUAAGAGUGGUAAAACUAAGAACCAGUUAAAAAGAAAGAUGUUAAAUACAUUAUUAAGUUAUACAGUAAUGAGAUUGAAAGAAAAGACCCGUGAACUCCAUAAAAUAGGUUUCCGUGAAGAGAAUCAUGAUCUGAUAUUUGAUAGGUUUAUUUAUAAAACUAUGGAUUUAAAUAUGAUGGAACAGAAAGUUUCUCGUCAUAAAUACAAGUGCCUAGAACAGUUUCAGGCUGAUGCUCAAACUAUAUUACAUGCUGUUCAUAUAUUAUAUGGUGAUGAAAAAGGUGGUAUAACAGAACUAUCUAGAAUAAUGGUACAUGAUUGUAAAUAUGAUUUAGAUGAAAUUAGACAGUGUCAUCGUUGUUAUUAUUUAUCUAAUGCUAAACCACAACAUUGGUUCUGUCAACCUUGUGAUCCACCUCAUGAAUUAGUUUAUGCCAAACAGAAAGGAUACAGUUAUUGGCCUGCUAAAAUUAUACGUAACUAUGGUGAUAAAUGUGAUGUUCGAUUUUUUGGUGCAUUCCAUCAACGUGCUGUUAUACCUAUGGAGUAUAUUCGUCCUGUAACAACUAAUAUUAAGACUCUCAACAUUAAAAAGACCACCGGUUUUAACAAUUCCAUGAAAGAAUUACACAUACAUCAGAAACUGGUAGAAGAAAUAGCAACAGAUCAGAAAGAAGAAGAAGAAGAAUCUGAAAAGGAAGAAGAAAGCUCAGCAUCUGAAGGGGAAGGUACAGAAGAUGCUGUUGAGGCUCUUGAAGAAGAGGAACCAAUGGAAGUCGAGGAAGAAACUGAUAAACAAGUUACAUCAACCAGUGUUCAACCACCUCGUAAAAAACGCAAAUAUUCCAAAAAGGUGAGUGGCUUGUAUCCUUCUUUGAAAGAAGAAAAAGAAAAUGGAGAAAUUCUAGCUAAUUGUAAAGAAGGAUGUAACUGUAAGGAAAAUAAACAAGCAUUAGAAGAUUUACGUAAAACUUUAUUAAAAGAACAUUCAAGUGAAAAGGAAGAAGCUUUAAAAGAAUUAACAGAAAAGUUAUUAAAGAGUUUUGAAGAAGAUAAACAGCAGGCUGUAUCAAGGACCAUGGCUAAUACCAAAACAGAAAUAGAACGAAUUAGAAAACAAACUGAAGAGAAAUGUAAAGAAAAGUUUAUGGAAGAGAUGAAAAAAUUAGCAACAAAACAUAAAGAGGCCAUUUCUCAAACCAAGAAAAAGCAAUGGUGUUUUAACUGUGAAGAGGAGGCCAUGUAUCAUUGUUGUUGGAAUACAUCCUAUUGUAGUGUCAAAUGUCAACAAGAACAUUGGCAUAAAGAUCACAAACGUAUCUGCCGUCGAAAACGAUGA